GGCAACAUUUUUAUUUGACCCUAAAAGCCUGAAGCCAAAACAUUGAAAUUAGGAAAAAAAAUGUGUAUCAUCUAUGAUUGGUUAUUUAAUUGACCAAUCAAAACCAGGGAAAUUCGCUCGAUAUUUUGAUUGACAAAUCUAAUACAUUUUGAGCUAUUUUUAACUGUAAUGUUAUUUACGUAAAACACUGCCGUAAACAUAUGUGCAGUAUGUUGGGUGGGAUCCGCGGAGUGUCGCCGUCCUCAGAAACCAUGUCAGAAAGUACGUUAGAAAGAAAUAGAGCUGAAAAAGCGUUGAUUACCAAAACACCCACCCACAGCCAGGUGUUUCUCAGCAAGGCAAAUGUGAAAAAUUAUUCAGAUAAAAAUGGUAACGAUGUAACAAAAACAGUUCAUAAAGGGCGCAAAACCUUUGCAUUUUGGACACUUGUGUGCUUGUUAUUCGUGCUUGCGAUCGGCAAUUUAAUUUUAACCUUCACGAUACUCGCGGUACUGAGGCUUGGACAAGGUUUGGAGAGUAUGGAGUUCUUGCCGGAACACAACGCACUAAAGUUCUUCGGGGACACUGAUUUAGACCACAUAUACAAGCGCGACGGACUGAUCGAGAGCUUCCGCGAUGUGCCGAUGACUGUGAGCAGCGAGAAUGGAUCCGUGUUGUUCACCUUGCAGACCAGGCUCUCGCGGUCGGACACGAAGCUGGUGGUGAACACUUCGGGCGUGUUCAUCCGCGGCGUCAGCUCGGUGGAGCUGCUCGACCCCGACACCGGCGAGACGGUGUUCAGCACCGCCGCGCCCGACAUGACCAUCCCCGACGGCGUCAACAACCUGCACGCCAAGCAAAUAUCGACUAUGCGGAUCACAUCGCCGGUGGACGAGGACCUUACGCUCCGGUCGGAGAGCUCGGCGUACCUGCGCGGCGCGGAGGGGACGCACAUGGAGUCCAAGGAGUUGUUCUGGAGCGCCGACCAGGACAUCUACCUGCGGUCCAUCAACGGCUCCGUGGUGCUGAGCGGCAAGGAGGGCGUGUUCGUGGACGUCCGCUACCUGCCCAUCGCGCGGCCCGCCAACACCACCGCGCACGCCACCGGGCAGUUCAAGGUGUGCGUGUGCAUGCCGCAGGGGAAGCUCUUCAGGAUAGCCAUCCCGACUGGACAGCGAGUCAGCUGCUCGCACGUCAACAUGACCGGCGACUUGAAUCCUUGUAUAUGAACUAUAUGAAGACUGUUAGAUUUCAUCUGCUAGAUACUGGAUUAUCGAUCGGAAAUGUAAGCCACAUAAAUAAUCAUUUUUAUAUAAUUGUUAUACACAUCCAUUAGUCUUGGCUAUACAUGGAGUCGAGCUUGGGUCAAUGCGAGCGCUGGCAAGUUGAUACAAGGCGAAAGCUAUUGUCUAGACAUUUACACGUUUGUAGGAAACCAAGACUAGCGGCCAAUAUAGAUGAGUUUUGUGGUAUCCAGUGCGACUUAUGCACAAUAAAUUCUUAGCUAUCAGUGUUUAUUCUGUUUGAGACAAGUGUCCGCGAGCAACUGUGAGUUGUGACAAGGGACACCAAAUGAGUUUUACGUUGGCGUUUUCCUCAACUCUGCCAACUAUACAAUCGAACUGACUGAUAGCAAGACAAGACACCAGUGGCGAAGGCCCAUAUAGCACGAUUACUGCCGACUUCCCUUUCAUAAUUUAUAUAAAAUCUCAUUGUUAUUAAAACAAUAGGGGACCGGCCUAUGCU